AUGGGAAACGACCCUGUGAAGUUUAUGGCUGCCCUGGAAAAUAUGGCUGCGACUAUGCAGGCGACAGCCGAAACGCUAGGGAAUCAAGUUGGAAACAAGAACAGCGCUAAUGGGGAUAACGGGCCAAUGACCAUUGCAACUUUUUUGAAGAUACAUCCACCAAUCUUUGGAGGAACCACGAACCCCACUGAGGCUAACAACUGGUUUCAAGAAAUUGAGCGGGCUUUACAAGCACAACAAGUCCCUGAAUAUCAACGUGUUGAGUUUGCAACUUAUCAGUUAGCGGGUGAAGCCCAGUAUUGGUGGCAAGGGACGCGACGUCUUCUGCAGCAUGGUGAUGUUGUUAUACCCUGGGAUGCAUUCCGAACUGAGUUUUACAAGAAAUACUUCCCUAACUCGGUCAGAACGGCUAAGGAGCUUGAACUGUUGCAAUUGAAGCAGGGUCAGAUGUCGAUCGUUGAAUACACAAACAAGUUUAAGGAAUUGUGCCGAUUCUCUAGGAUUUGUCAAGGAGCUCCAAGAGACUUUGAGGAGUGGAAGUGCAUCAAAUACGAAGGAGGACUUCAGAGUGAUAUAUUGAGUUUUGUGGGCCCAAUGGAAAUCAGAAUUUUCUCAGACUUGGUAAACAAGAGCAGGGUCGCAGAAGAAUGUUUAAAGAAGGCUGCUAUGGCAGGGGGUGAAAGUUGGGAGUUCUGCCGAAGGGACCAUAAUCAGAAUUUUGCACCAAGGGGCCAAGAGUUCAAGAGGAGUGGCAGUCGCCAGAGGAGUGAUAAAGGGAAGCAAGUGACGCCUUACUCAGAGGAUGUGAGGUGCCAAAGGUGCAAAAUUUUUCAUCUGAAUAGGCCGUGCCAAAAGGGUUUAGGUCUGUGUUAUAGGUGCGGGGCACCGGGUCAUAUCUCUAGAAAUUGCUCCCACAGAAAGGCUCAGGAUGCUUAUCAAUCGUGA